AUGUUGAAGAAGCCUGAGAACGAGGCUGGAAAGUCAUGGCCAGCCAUCGCCAUCGGUCUUUUCGUCGCUUUUGGUGGUGUUCUCUUCGGAUAUGACACGGGAACCAUCUCUGGUAUCCUCGCCAUGGAUUACUGGUUGAAACUGUUCUCGAAGAACGCAGAGCAUACCAUUACUUCGGCUGAGGAUUCCCUCAUUGUCUCUAUCCUUUCCGCAGGAACAUUCUUCGGCGCUCUUUUCGCAGCACCUUUCGGUGAUUUGCUUGGUCGUCGCUGGGGCUUGAUCGCAUCUACUGGACUUGUCUUCAAUCUCGGUGUCAUUCUGCAGACUGCAUCAACAUCUCAGCCCAUGUUCAUCGCUGGGCGAUUCUUCGCUGGUUUGGGCGUUGGUCUUGUGUCGGCUCUUAUUCCCAUGUACCAAUCCGAGACGGCUCCCAAAUGGAUUCGAGGUACCAUUGUUGGUGCAUACCAGCUGGCUAUUACCAUUGGUCUUUUCCUUGCCGCUAUUGUGAACAAUGCCACCAAGGGCCGCAAUGAUUCGGGAUCCUACCGUAUCCCAAUCGCUGUCCAGUUCCUGUGGUCCCUUAUUCUAGUCAUCGGUUUGCUCUUCCUCCCCGAGACGCCUCGAUACCUUAUCAAGGUGGACAAGUACGAUGAGGCCGCGAAAGCCCUCGGCAAGCUACGACAAUUGCCCGUUGAUCACCCUGCCGUUGUGGAGGAGUUGAAUGAAGUCCAGGCAAACCACGCAUAUGAGAUGAGCCUUGGAAAGGCCACCUAUCUUGAUUGCUUCAAGGGAACGAUGGGCAAGCGUUUGUUGACUGGCUGCCUGCUUCAAGCUCUCCAGCAAUUGACUGGUGUCAACUUCAUCUUCUACUAUGGUACACAAUACUUCCGCAAUGCCGGAUUCCAAAACCCCUUCAUCAUCCAAGUCGUUACUAACUCCGUCAACGUCGUAACCACUCUUCCCGGUCUGUGGUUGGUUGAGAAAAUGGGUCGCCGCAACCUGCUUCUCAUGGGAGCCAUCGGCAUGUCCGUGUGCCAGUACAUCGUCGCCAUUACUGGAACUGUGGCCGGAACGACCGAUCUAGCUGCUCAGCGUGCUGCCAUCGCUUUCGUCUGCAUCUACAUCUUCUUCUUCGCCAGUUCUUGGGGACCUGUCGCCUGGGUCGUGACCGGAGAGCUGUUCCCUCUCAAGACCCGUGCCAAGUGCCUUUCCAUGACUACCGCCAGCAACUGGCUCCUCAACUGGGCCAUCGCCUACUCCACCCCCUACAUCGUCAACGAGGACCACGCAAACUUGGGAUCUAAGGUGUUCUUCAUCUGGGGCAGUUUCUGCUUCGUCUGUAUCGCAUUUGUCUACUUCAUGAUCUACGAGACCAAGGGCCUCACCCUCGAGCAAGUCGACGAACUCUACGGCAUCGUUGGCAAGGCCUGGAAGUCCAAGGCCUUCCGCCCGGCCGUCAGCUUCGCUGACGUCGACGCCGAGACCGGCAGGAAGAGCUCGCUCGCUGAUAUCGCUGCGACCCAGGAGAGGAAGAGGAGCGUGCAGCACGAGGAUAACACGGCCAACUUGGCUAGUGAGAAGAUCUAA